GUGUUUGAUUUUGGAUCACGUUAAAAUAUAUAGCGAUAAGAUAAAAUAACUAAUUGUGGCGCAAUGAUGGUCUUAAAAAACCAUCAUUGCGUUUUAUUUUGGUAGGCAAAAAAUAUUACGUAUUUCAAGGGUUAGAUAAUAUAGCCCUCCACAUGUAUAACCACGUCCCAUUCAUGCUAAAUGCAGUCCCGGGGUAAAUCCCGGGUCUGGUGACAUAUUGUCGUGAUAUGAAUGGAAUUUCUACUGAGUUUUUAACUGACUGGUUUAACCGGAAGUGACAGCUGCUUCUUAGUGGCCGUACGUAUUUUUUUUCCUACUGCCAGGAACAUUUCUCGAGGCGGUUAUCAGCUUGAUACGGAAGAGGAGCACAUCUCCUACACUCCCAUGAACAUUCCCUCUCAGAACGAAAUCACAUUUCUUCAUGUGUGUUUAAUUUCUGCUAUCAUGGAGACCUAAAUCACCUCAGAGGGGAUGUUCCAUUCAGAGGGAGAGGGUUGACUAGGAUUACCCAGGGCUGUGUGUGUCCAUGAUUAUCAUGUUAUGCCUUCAUAUCUAAUCCCAUAUUUCAUCCCCCAUAUACCAGCUAUGUUUUCAGAGGGUAGUCUGUUGGUGAGAGUCUGGGAGACCAGUGCUUUCAGAGGGUGGUCUGUUGGUGAGAGUCUGGGAGACCAGUGCUUUCAGAGGGUGGUCUGUUGGUGAGAGUCUGGGAGACCAGUGCUUUCAGAGGGUAGUCUGUUGGUGAGAGGUGAAUCGGGGAGACCUGUCAUUUCUAAUAUGAUUCAUUCCGGUCUGUUCAUGUGAUUUGUAGUGUAACAUCCUCCAUCAUCUGGAGGGGUUUUCAUGAAGGGGAAUGGACACACAGAUGUGUAUUGAACCCUGGUCACCAAUUUGAUUGAUUGAUUGACUGGUGAGGUUGUAUCCAGAUCAGUUGGCGCUGCUGUAUCCAGGUCUGUUGGCCUGGUCUAUUGGCUUGUCUGUUUUCUGAAGCAUUUGUUCUGUCAAAAUUUGAAUUCCUGAUAUUAUCUGACAGUCUCCAGAGCUUGAAAGAGCCAAAUUAGUGGUGGUGGCUGGACGUACUCACAAACCCACAGCAAUUUGCUUCAAAAUGUCCCCAGAGGAAACUAUGGUAAUAUCUUGUCAUUCGGGGCUGUACACUGCUAUCAGUUGUUUAUUUUUAUUAUUACAGGAAACUAUGGUAAUAUCUUGUCAUUUGGGGCUGUACACUGCUAUCAGUAGUUUCUUUUUAUUAUUACAGGAAACUAUGGUAAUAUCUUGUCAUUUGGGGCUGUACACUGCUAUCAGUUGUUUAUUUUUAUUAUUACAAGAGGGGCAAACCAAAAGGACAAAACUGGAAUUUCAGGGACAGACAUGUCGUCAUGGGUGUUUUUUGUUUCAUUUUUCUCUGUAGGUUUCUGUUUCCAUCAGAUUAGGCAGAUCAUACUAAAGAUCUGUUUAACCAGAACCCCCUUCAGUUUCAUUUACAGGCUAACAUGUCAUAGGAAUGGAAAAAAACACUUCCCCCCCCCAUGUAGUGUUAAGCAUUUGUUUGUGUGUGUCAGGCCCUGGGUCUAUUCAACCCUCUCUCUCUGAGGGGAAUAUCCCUUUUCGCUCUUUCUGAAAACCUAAUUAUUAUCCCAAAGCUAUACUUCCUAAUCUAUCUAAAAACUAUAUUUGACCUCAAUCUGUACAUUUAACCAGAAUAUUGGGCACCUCAAAGCGAUCUACUGUUUUUUUUCUAUUGCUUGUCUAUUCUGAGACGUGUUUAAACCACAUUAGUGGGUGAUAGGCGUUAUCACGUAGAACAGACAAGCAGCAGGACCCAGAUUAGAAGAAUACUGUCUGGAAAUGGACACCCUUGUUCAGCUGCAGAACAACCCGUUCCUCAUGGCUCUCUGUCGGAAUGGAGCGCCCACGGAUCUGCAGUACGACAACUCCUCUGAACUGUUCCGUAUCUCAACCUUUGCCCCCUUCCUGUCGUCGGCGGUAACGGAGCGCAGCCUGGCCAGGGCUGGCUGGUUCUACACUGGUGUUGGUGAUAGAGUACAGUGUUUCAGGUGUAACGUGACGGCAGAGGGGUGGCAGACAGGAGAUUGUCCUAUAGAGAAGCACAGACAGCUGUCUCCCUCCUGCUCCUUCAUCCAGACUCUCCCCUCCACAGCCAACCUACUGUCCUCCUCACACAGCGCAUUCUCUCCGCUCCGCAAUGCACCUGUCAUACCGGUGUCAUGCCCUGGCCCCGCCCCCAACCCAGUGCCAGUGGAGGAGCCUGUUGGAUAUUUGAACAUGGGUUUCUCUGCCCCGCCCCCAUCCAGCCCACUCCGCUCCCGGGGAGUGGAGGACAUGUCCCACCAGAGACCCCCUGCCUGUCACAACCCCAGUAUGAGAAGGGAGCAGGACCGUCUGGACUCGUUUCACUCAUGGACCCUGACCAUAAUCCUCCCCACUGAACUGGCCAAGGCUGGGUUCUACUACCUAGGACAGGGCGACCGAGUGGCCUGCUUCACUUGUGGAGGACAGCUCAGUAACUGGGAGCCGGGGGACCGGGCCGUGUCAGAGCACCAAAGGCACUACCCAAACUGUCGCUUCGUCAGAGGAGAUCGCUCUGACAACGUGUCUCUGACGGGGGCAGCUGGGGGAGGGGCCCCGGGGCCCGGCCCACUGGGUCUCAGUAACGUCUCCAACCCGGCCAUGCAGCAGAGUGAGGACAGGCUGCUGACAUUCGUCCAGUGGCCCUCACGCAUCCCGGUGCGCCCCGACCAGCUAGCCGCCGCCGGCUUCUACUACGUCGGCCGUAAUGAUGAUGUGAAGUGUUUCUGCUGUGACGGGGGCCUGAGGUGCUGGGAGUCAGGUGACGACCCCUGGGUGGAGCACGCCAAAUGGUUCCCCAGGUGUGAGUAUCUGCUUCAGGUUAAAGGUCAGGAGUUCGUCCAUCAGAUCCAGGCCCGCUUCCCUCGCCUCUUUGAACAGCUCCUGACCAAUGGGGACAGCAGCUCCAGAGAGUUUGUAGACCCGCCAGUGGUGCACCUUGGUCCUGGUGAGGAGCGGUCAGAGGAUGCUGUGAUGAUGAACACGCCGGUUGUGGUUUCUGCUCUAGACAUGGGCUUUGAGCGCGGCCUGGUCAAGCAGACGGUGCAGAGUAAGAUCCUGACUAGUGGUGAGAACUACAAGACAGUCCAGGAGCUGGUUUCUGACCUACUGUCAGCAGAGGACCAGAGGAGAGAAGAGGAGAGGGAGAUGCUGGCUGAGGAGAUGGCUUCCGAUGGUCAUUCGUUCUUGAAGAGGCACCAGGCAGUGUUGGUUCAGCGUCUAAAGAGUGUUGAGUCUGUCCUGGAACACCUGAGAGAACAGAACGUCAUCAGUGUAGAGGAGUACAGCGGUCUUCAAGGCCAGCCCUCCCAGCAGCAGACUGCCAGACUGAUAGAGCUGGUUCUAGCGAAAGGGAAUGCAGCUGCUGAAGUCUUCAGGAACUGGAUCCAGAAGAACGAUGUGCACUUGCUCAGAGACCUUAUGGCCCAGGCAAAUGAAGCAGCAUCACCGAGUCAAGAUCUCUCAGACCUCCCAAUGGAGGAACAACUUCGUCGUCUGCAGGAGGAGCGGACCUGUAAGGUGUGUAUGGACAAGGAGGUGAACAUCGUGUUCAUCCCGUGCGGCCACCUGGUGGUCUGUAAGGAGUGUGCUCCCUCCCUGAGGAAAUGUCCCAUCUGUCGAGGACUGGUCAAGGGCACCGUCAGAACAUUCCUCUCCUAGAAAGGAAAACCAGGAUGGAGAUGAAGGUCGAAGAACCUCUGAUGAAGCAUUUAAACCUACAUAUUCAGUUGAUAGUUUGGUACGAAGACGUCUCCGGGGAUGGAAGAAUCAGGCGUUUGCCACCGUAAACUGAGAGACCGAAUCUGUUCCAAAGGCAAAGUUUCCACUGCUGACAGGCCAUUUACUACCACCCCAUGACUCUCACCUAGACCAUCCUCUGUGUUUCCUGUCCCAGAUAAGCUUUAGAGACCUCCAAGCCACAUCUUAACAAUCUCUCUCUAAUCGUAUUGGAAUGUAGCCAGAUAAAUCCUGCAGCGCCUCUUCCCAUAUUGUUCUGUUAACGAAAAUGUAAACCGCAUUCACAUUUUUCUGGCUUCAAAUUAGAUCUACUAAGGGGUUAUAUGUGAGGGUUCUCUGAAGAUUUACACAAUCCACUACACAUCAACUGCACAAAAGAAUGUUAUGGAGAAAUUGAGGCAUAAUGGUUUCAAGACAACUUUCAAUAACACAAAUACAAUCAAAAACAUGUAUGACGGAAUAGGUAAGAGGUCAAUAAAAAGAAAUGUUCAGCUGCGUGUGAAGUGAUGGAAAUAUGUGUAUCCAGGAAGUGUUCAGUAGCUGCAGUACAAAUGGGGGUUGUUUUAGGUUAAGAAACACUGAUUGAUAUUUAAAAUGUUUUGGAUUUUCAAGCAAAUUGUAGUCUGACCUGAGACAACCAUAUUGCUGAUAUUCUGCUAAAUGGCAUUGUAGAAAAACAAACCCAUUUAGGUACAUUGAAAGCAGUGUUAUGUAUCCAUGGCUAUACACAGAAAAUAAAAAUGGAAUUAAACAAC